UAUAUAGAAAUUGGAGGACAUCUUGUGGUUAAGUACAUCAAAGUUGCUAAUAAAACCAUUCAGAAUUUAAGAAUUUUACGUGGUCUUAAAAAAAUAUCUAAUUUCCAUUUUCAACUUUCAAAAAUAAUGAAUAGAUUUGAAUACGCUGAUUCUCGGCUUUUUCCAAAUGAAAUUUAUAUAAGACGCGAUUUUGGCAUAUGUUUGUACGAUGGAGAUAUUAAAACAAAUUUUGAAAGUGGUGAAUUAGUGCUUACAAGUCACAGAUUUCUUUGGGGAAGACCUGGUGACAUAUCACGUGGUUAUACCUGUCUUUCAUUGUUUCUUCGUCAUAUAGUUUAUUUUGAAGAAGAAAUUCCUGGUCCAUUUUCUUUUGGACGUAGUAAAAAAAUUAUUAUACAUCUUUCUGAAGCUCCAAUUGAUAAAAUGCCUGGUCCAUUAGAUAAUAGUAUAUAUAAUUAUAUUAAAAUAUCAUUUAAAGAAGGUUUAGAUCCAAAUUUUCAUACGCAUUUGUCUGAUACUAUUAUGAGACGAAUUUGGGAAUUAACACCUAUUAUGCCUUUAAAUCAUCCUGAUACUAAUAUAAAAAAUAGUGGAGAUAUUAAUAAACCUUUGCCACAAAUAAAGACACGAACUGGUAUUAUAGGUAUUGAAAGAAGUCUUCAGGAACAACAAAAAGCAACAGAUGAAAGUAUAUCAAUGGCCUUUCAAGAUCUUAAGAAGCUCAUGGAAGUGGCCAAAGACAUGGUUUCCAUUUCAAAAACUAUCUCAACAAAAAUACGGGAGAGACAAGGAGAUAUCACAGAAGAUGAAACAGUUAGAUUUAAAUCUUAUUUAAUGAGUCUUGGCAUUGAUGAUCCUGUUACCAGAGAUGCAUACAAGAAUAGUAAUGAAUAUUUCAAACAAUUGGCAAAACAACUUGCAGAUAUUUUAGAAGAGCCAAUUAAAGAAGUUGGAGGAAUGAUGACAUUAACAGAUGUUUAUUGUCGUGUAAAUAGAGCAAGAGGCUUGGAACUUUUAUCACCAGAAGAUUUAUUAAAUGCUAGUAGACAGCUAGCUUCUUUAGAUUUACCUAUAGUAUUGAGAGUGUUUGAUAGUGGAGUUAUGGUUCUUCAAGCUCGAUCACAUGAUGAUAAUACCAUAGUUGAUAUUAUAGCUGAUUUAAUAAAAAAAAAAGGAUCUCUAACAGCAGAAGAACUUGCUCAAUCAGAAGGUAUAUCAGUUCUUUUAGCACGGGAACGAUUAUUAGUUACAGAAAAAAAAGGAAAAGCUUGCAGAGAUGAUACAAUUGAAGCUUUAAGGUUCUAUCCUAAUUUAUUUCUUGAAAAGGAUAAUUAACUGCCAAUUUCUUUAUUAUCAUAUAAAUAUAAAUCGUGCUAAUAUAUUUUAAACAAAUAUAUUAUUUUUAUGAUAAUAAAAUAACUUAAAAAUAA